CGCUUUAGUUGAAUUUCAAACGUUUGCGCGCGCGGUUGUCGGUUGUCCCGAAAAAAAAGAAGUCGUUAAGCCGAGAUAUAAAAUCAAUUGAGCAGCUCGACAAGCGCUUUUCCUUCAGACCAAAGGACCGUCAAGUCGAGCGGAGCUUGAAAAGUGAAAAACGUGCUGAAAGAAAAACCAUACGCUUGAUCUCCAGCUUUGAACUUGGAGGAAAAUAAAGAGGAAGGAGAAUUUCCCAGCGGAAAUUAGGACACAGGAAGACCAACCAGUUUGGGCUGAGGAUUUUAUCCAGCCAAAAAAGAUUAUAAUUACCAUCCCAGCACUCAUCAAUAUCACUUCAGCCCACGAUGGAGUUGGAGAACUCGUUGAGGCGCCACGGCCACCUGCUCCUCCUACUGCUACUGCCACUUGUCAGCUUAUGUCCAACUGCAUUGGCACUCAAUCGACAGGCGGAUGCUGGCCAGGAUUUGGAGGUGGCCGCACAGCUGGCGGAUGCGGAGGCCCAGGCGGGAUCGGAUUAUGAAGCCGACUCCCCCGAUACGCCGCACAUACGAAAGAAGCGACUCAUCUGGAUCACGGACGACGGAAGAUUGGCCCUGCCGCCGGGCACUUCGCUGACUUUUGUGCCGACCAUUGCCAUGCCCCUGGUGCGGCAUCCGCCCGAGGGCUUCUUCUCCAACCUGACCAUCAGCUUUCCCGUGACCAUUGACUUUGACAAGCUGGGACUGACGGACAACCAAAAUCCUCUGGGGGAUCUGCCGCCGCUUUUUGCCCGCUCCUUUGGCCACGAGGCGGGUCACAUGGUGGGUGAAUAUGUGGCCAGGUAUCUGCAUGUCCAGCGCCGGAAGCGGGAUCUUAGCGAGCAGCGGAGCAGGAGCGACGAGGAUCAGCCGUUCAGGGUGCACGAGGAGGGUCCCAAGUUCCCUGAACUGCCCAGCGGAUUGCAGCACAUUUUCCACGGCGGCGAAAGGGUUCUGCUGUACGGCGUGGUGGAGGACUUCCUGUCCACCUUCGGCAUGGAUGGCAAGGCCUGUCUGCUGCGGACCAUCUGCGAGAUGCACUCAAGAAGUCUGGAGAAGUUCGGGGUCUUUGGGGAAAUGACAAAGCUGUUUCUAACGGUCACCAAAUCGCCAUUUUCCGACCUGGUUCCCGACUACGUCGAAGCCCAGGAAGUGGGCGAGGGAAAGCAGGCACCAGGGGAAUGUUUUCCCUACUUCAAGGCCUGUCCCAAGAGCAUUUUCAAGGCCCUGGCCAGCAAGUAUAGCAAACCAGCGACGGCGGCUAAGACGAAAAGGACCAAGCCCACCGACAGACCCGUGGGCGAGUAUCACGAGGAGCAGGUGAUCCAGCUGCCGACCACUCGAGAUCGGGACAACGACGUGUAUAUGUAGAAGCUCUUCCCCCAUACAAAACUCCCAUUGUUGACCUCGUCUAGUUCUUAGGAUUACGUUUGAAUUGAGCGCGCCCUCAAAGUCACUUGCUUGUAAUUAACGUGUACUAAUUAAUUUAUUAUUAUUUAUUUUAUUUACGCAUUGUAUUUAUGGUUAGUCGUAGGCGUUGUUAACUGCUUAGAUUCGUAUCUCUGUUUGCCUAGUGGUCUGUAAAUAAUUGCAAUUGUGGCAUAGUCCUUCAACCUAAGUGAAGUUAAUCCUUCGCAUCCCCAAAACAUUGUCGAAUAAAAAGUAAAUAAAUUCAGAAUAACAAAUGUGUUUCAGGUGUUUUCUUAAAAAAUAAAUUAAAAUUAUAACUAGAGCCAAAAAUAAGGCAUUCUUUAUAGAAAAUACUUACCUUUGUUCAUUGAACUUAUAAAUAAUUUUAAAAUGUAAACUUUAAUUUAAGUUAGUCCAAUGGUAACGCAGAACUUUUUAAAGUUU